GAACCAGGGCCUGGCCUCCUGACCCCUGAUGACCCAAGUGCCCUAGGGCUUGUCCCUAGCUGGCCACACCUUUUGUCCCCAGCACGCCACCCUCUAGCCGUGGUUGCAUUUUAGGGAUGACAGAUUGCAUUUUAGGGAUGCCACAGGCCAUGACGCCUCUGUCGGGGCUGACAGCUCCUCACCUGACCUCCCUCUGGAAGGCACAGGACUGCCCCCCUCCCAGAUGAGCCAGUCGGGGCUCUGAAAACUCCAUAGGGGUGAGGAAGUUCCCUGUUGAGGGGGGUUCCCCAAGCCUGGCUAAUCUGAUCCUGACCCUGUGUGCAAGUGGGGGGAGGGGAGAGGGGCAGGGAGUUUGAACCCCAGACAGGCAGGGGCCUGGGUGCUGAGACCCUCCACUCAGCUUCCCACCCCUCUGAGGCCUGAAGUUUUCCUGGGGCCUGUGGGAGAUGGGCGGGGCCUCUCAAGCUGGGCUCCAGUUUCCGUGGAAACCCACAGGCUUCCCACCCACUGCUGCCUGGGCAGGCUCCCAACUGGGGCCUCAUCCGCUGCCAGCCUCUCCUCCCCAGUCCAGUCUGCUCCACCCUCAGCCUCUCUAGGCCCCCUCCCUGAGUCCCCAUCCCCUAGCCCAGCCUCUGGCCUCUUCCACUGGCCUCUGAUGCCUUCUUAGGGAAGCUGGGCCUCUCCUGCCCCAUCCCUAAACUUUAGCUUCUCAGGAAACAGGCUUUCCCAGCUCCUGCCCCUCCCUCUCAGGCCUUUCUAGUCUCACACCAGCUGCUGGGCCUGGCCAGGCCUCCUGCUCCUUCCCACCUACCACCUCCUUAGACCAACAGACAACAGGCCUCCUAGGCUAUUGUUCUACUUGCUUACUCCCCGCCCCCUACCCCAUGGAGACCCCAGGACUGGUUGUGCAAGGGGAGGCUGCAUCCUUUUCCACAGCACUCCGAAGCCUGCUCAACAAUCCCCAAUACAGUGAUGUUUGCUUUGUGGUCGGUCAAGAGCGGCAGGAGGUGUUUGCCCACCGGUGCUUGUUGGCCUGUAGAUGCAACUUCUUCCGAGGACUUCUUGGCCCAAAGCUGGGCCCCGGGAUGCCUAGCCCUGUGGUGCUAAGCACCGUGCCAGCUGAGGCCUUCCUGGCAGUGCUGGAGUUCCUGUACACCAACAGUGUCAGGCUGCACCGCCACUCUGUGCUGGAGGUGCUGACCGCGGCUGUGGAAUAUGGGCUGGAGGAACUGCGAGCGCUGUGCCUGGAGUUUGUGGUGAAGGUGAUGGAUGUGGAAAUGGUCUGUGAGGCCUUGCAGGUUGCCGUAACCUUUGGCCUGGGAGCCCUGCAGGAGCGUUGCGUAGCCUUCAUAGAGGCCCACAGCCGGGAGGCGCUCCGGACCCGGGGCUUCUUGGAGCUGUCGGCGCCCGCCUUGCUGCCCCUGCUGCGCAGCGACAGGCUCUGCGUGGACGAGGCCGAGCUGGUCCUGGCCGCCCGGAGCUGGGCGCGCGUGGGCGCGGCCGUGCUGGAGCGGCCUGUGGCCGAGGUGGCGGCCCCGGUGGUACGGGAGCUGAGACUGGCCUUACUGGCCCCGGCGGAGCUGAGCGCCCUGGAGGAGCAGAACCAGCGGGAGCCGCUCAUCCCGGUGCAGACGCGGGGGAUGCCGCGGGCCAGGGUGGGCGGGCGAGGGUGUCCCACCGACUCCGCGGUGACCGGCCUUCCCCUGCAGGUGGAGCAGAUCGUGGAGGCGUGGAAAUGCCACGCUCUGCGGAGAGGGGAUGCGACCCGGGGCGCCCCGUGCCGCCGCCGGAGGGGGACCCUGCCCCGGGAGCACCACGGCUUUCUGGAUCUGCCCCUUAAGUGACCGAAGGCCGCGAUUCGCGGGGAAUUCUGGGCCUGUCCCAAACUACAGCUCCCAACAUGCCUGGCGCUCAGAGGGGGCUUCCGCCCCCAGCAUGCCCUGCGAGCGGGGGGCGGGAAGAACGGCUGUCUGCCCAAUGCGGGGGCGGGGGCGGGAGGGGCGGAGCCCCCAAGCGAUUCCUCCGCGCCUUACCCUGGCUCUGUCCCGGGGCUCUGGCAGCGCUGCUACCCCCGCGUUUACUUCCGUAACCCCCACAUCUUUUCAGCUCUGCUCCCUCUUUAUUCCAGACCUGCUUCUUGAAGCUCUCUCUCCAGAUCCCCGAAGCUCUCUCUCCAGAUCCCCGACACUCAGUCCAAGUCGAGCUGCCUUCUCAUCUUCCCCAGCUCCGCCCCCAUCGUGUUUCUCAUCCACGUGGG